CGGCCCGUCGGCGUCCCCGUCCCGGUCCCCACCUGGCGGCGGCGGCGGCGGGGCCAUGGCGCUGCUGCGGGCCCGCGCGCUGUACGACUUCAAGUCGGAGAACCCGGGCGAGAUCUCUCUGCGGGAGCACGAGGUGCUGAGCCUCUGCAGCGACCAGGAGAUCGAGGGCUGGUUCGAAGGGGUGAACAGCCGGGGCGACCGAGGCCUCUUCCCGGCCUCCUACGCCAACGUGCCGCCAGCCGGCUUUGAGCCCUUAGCAGCGCCGGCGACCGCCUUCAACCCUCCUGCCGUCCAGCACCAGCUUCCUCCGCCGGCGGCCGAGCCAUUCCAGCUACCGCCACCGGCGGCCUCGUCGGGCUUCUCCUCCUUCCAAGCGGUGCCUUCCUACGGUGGAUCCUCUUACCAGACCAGCCAAGGCAGCGACGACGAUUGGGACGAUGACUGGGACGACAGCUCCACCGUGGCCGACGAGCCGGGAGUCCUGGGCGGCUCCUACCCGGACUACGAGAAUGCCGGUCUGGGAAGCGGAGGCCCCGGCGGUUCUUCCAGCAGGUACCGCCUUUCCACCCGGUCCGAUCUGUCGAUUAGCUCCCGGAGUAGCCAUCCCGGCAGCCACCUCCACCACCCGGGCAGUGGCACUGGCGGGCCCAAGAGCUCGGCCACAGUGAGUCGCAACUUGAACCGGUUCUCCACUUUUGUGAAAUCGGGAGGCGAAGCCUUUGUGUUGGGUGAAGCGUCGGGUUUCGUGAAGGACGGGGACAAACUCUGCGUGGUGUUGGGUCCCUAUGGGCCUGAGUGGCAGGAGAAUCCUUACCCUUUCCAGUGCUCCAUUGAAGACCCCACCAAGCAGACCAAAUUCAAAGGCAUGAAAAGUUACAUUGCCUACAAGCUGGUGCCCAGCCACACUGGACAGCAAGUGCACCGGCGCUACAAGCACUUUGACUGGCUUUAUGGGCGCCUUGUGGAGAAAUUUCCGGUCAUCUCAGUGCCCCAUUUGCCAGAGAAACAGGCCACCGGACGCUUUGAGGAGGACUUUAUCUCCAAGCGCCGUAAAGGCUUGGCAUGGUGGAUGGAUCAUAUGUGUAGUCAUCCAGUGCUGGCCCAGUGUGAUGCCUUCCAGCAUUUCCUCACCUGUCCUAGCACUGAUGAGAAAGCCUGGAAGCAAGGCAAGCGUAAAGCUGAGAAGGACGAGAUGGUGGGUGCUAACUUUUUCUUGACCAUUAGUGUGCCUACUGGUGGUCCUGCUGCUCUGGACCUGCAGGAGGUAGAAAGUAAGGUUGAUGGUUUCAAGAGCUUCACCAAGAAGAUGGAUGAGAGCACCAUUCAGCUGAACCAGACAGUCAGUGAGUUUGCUCGCAAGCAGGUCACUGGCUUCAAGAAGGAAUACCAGAAAGUUGGCCAUUCCUUCAAGGGCCUCAGCCAAGCCUUUGAGAUGGACCAGCAGGCUUUUUCAGUUGGCCUCAAUCAAGCAAUUGCCUUCACUGGGGAAGCUUAUGAUGCUAUUGGUGAACUUUUUGCAGAGCAACCAAGACAGGACCUGGACCCAGUGAUGGAUUUGUUAGCUCUGUAUCAAGGACAUCUGGCCAAUUUCCCAGAUAUAAUCCAUGUCCAGAAAGGAGCCCUUACCAAAGUGAAGGAAAGUAAGCGGCAUGUAGAAGAAGGGAAAAUGGAGGUUCAGAAGGCUGAUGGCAUUCAGGAUCGUUGUAACAUUAUUUCUUUUGCCACCCUGGCAGAAAUUCAUCAUUUCCACAAAAUUCGAGUCAGGGACUUCAAAUCACAGAUGCAGCAUUUCUUGCAACAGCAAAUACUUUUUUUCCAAAAAGUGACACAAAAGUUAGAAGAAGCUCUUCACAAGUACGACAAUGUUUAAUAUUGCUUAAUUCUUGAACUUCAAAUGGUGAAUAUUUCUUGGCUUGCAAAUGGAGUAAGUAACAGAAAAGAAACACCACCCUCAAAUACUGUUGGAACUUCUUGGGGUGCUUUACAAGGAUGAUUUUAUAAUUUGUUCUGGAUUGCAACACAACCUAAGCAUUGCAUAAGAAGGAAAUAAUUAUAUCUGUUUAGCAGAGCCUCUACUAUACAUUGUAACUAAGUUAUACUCCAAAUGCCUACACUACCAUUGUAAUGUUUUUGAAAUAAUGAUUAUACUAUUUGCCUUACUGCUUUUUUGAAAUAUGGUGUUAUAGUGCAUAUGCUGUAGACCUCAAAACCUUCUGGGUCUUUAAGGGAGCUGGCUAGGGAAAAGCCUGCUUCAGAUGCCUUCUAAAAAUUCACUUCGGUUUGAAUUUUCUAAAUUCAACCAGUUCUCUGUUUACAAAUUUCUAUUAGAGCAGCUGUACUAUUUUGUGCCUUUAGACUUACAAUUUUCAUUAUUAUUUUUUCUAGUGAACCACAUUUUUACGACUGAUUGAAUGAAGGAUUGGCACUCUUAAUAGGGCCUGAUUUCAAACCUCAUAGUGACUGAACAUAUAACUUGCACACUAGAUAUUAAGAUAAAUGUUGACUGAAAAAAGCCCUCCAGAUUUAAAACCAUUUUAGACUUUGUACUGAUUAUAGAUACUAUUUAUUAUUUGUACCAGGACUUUAAACACAGAUACAAUACAGUACUGCUGUGUUUCCUUUCUUAACAUGGCACCAUAAAACCUUUCAGUGUAACCCGUCUUUGAAUAGAAACUUGGACCACUUACCUAAUAAAAGAAUACUGAAGAAUAUUAGUGAGCUAAAAGUAGAGGACCAAUGACUCAUGUAUGUGCAUUGUCUGUAUUGUUUGCAAGUCUCUUGUGGUUGCUGAUUUAUUUUACUCUAAGCAUGGCCCUGCCUUGCCACUUGAUUUAAAACUUUUGCAAAUCUCAACUUCUCAGUACCAAUCAGUGAAAUUGUAGACUGGACAGGAGGAAAAUGUUAACACCUAAUGUAAUACUGAUGGGCUGAAAUCGUUCAUAUGUACUAUGUUCCAGAUGGAGUUUAUUAUUUACACCCUUAUUCAUUUAUUUGUUUAUUUAAAUAUUUUUAAAACAAUGUAAAUGAG